UGACACCGGCGUGGCCUCUGCGAGCUAAACGUCACGGUAGGCAGGGGGUCGGUUUUUUUUUUCGGGGCUUUCGGAUGUCCAGCGGCUGUCCUGUGAGGAUUUAAAGCGCACGAGCCAAAGACACGAGUGUGGAGCUCAUCAUGGUGCAGCUGUCUCCUUCCCCUACCCUGGAUGUCACCCCCCCGCUUGAGCACUCAGAGGAGGGCAGUGAAAGAAACGAGGACCCAGUGACUGCUGGUAGCCCAAAUUUGGGCUCGCCCGGUGGACUGAACGCUCUGCAGAUCAGCCUGGAGGUCUCCACUGCCUACCAUGGCUACGAAACCUACAUAGAAGAUGGCCUAAUUUGCCUCAAACACAAAGUCCGCAACCUGGAGAAAAAGAAGCUGAAACUGGAAGACUACAAGAAGAGGCUGAACCGGGGCGUGGCACUAAACAAGGAUCAGAUGGCGGCUGUGGAAAAGUACGAGGAGGUGUUACAUAACCUGGAAUUUGCUCGGGAGCUACACAAAACCCUGGAUGGCUUGACUCAGACUUUGCUGAGAGCCCAGAAGAAAGCAGUGAAAAAGGAGCAGGUGGUGAAGGUGGAGGUGGAGAGGAGGCGUCUGAGCAUGGUGCUCCAGGUACAGCAUCUCCUCCACAGCCUGCAGCUGGAGCAUGUUAGGAGAGACCUGCUGGCUGGACACAACCAGGCGCCCCACAUCCCAGCCCAGCAGCUGCACAGCCUGAGUCAGCUUGCCACCCUGCUGGGAGUCAAGAGGGAUAACCGACUAAGUUUAGCAGAGCAGAUGGAACAGGCGGCUCUGGUCUACUUGGACCUGCUGGAAGGGAAAGACAAGCCAGUGGCUGGGUCCACAUUUAAGUUGUUGAAAGAAGAUCUCACCAGGCUGUUGAAUUGCAAGUACUUCAGUUGUCUUCCACCUCCCCCCAACAACACUCCAGAGAUGUUACUGAACUCAACUAGCCACAGCACCGUAUCGAAAUCGAAACCAAAUGAAGUUUCUAAGGAGUUUUUCAACAGACUGUACCUGACUGACAUGGAGACUCCUCCCACUCAGAACUGGAAGGAGGACUUCCAGGCCAUGAGGGAGCAGGAGCCUCCUGACUGCUGGGAUAUGGAGCUCCCAGAUGGACCCCCCUCACCUCAUACUGCGGUCCACAAACCAUGGAGAGGAGCUGCAACUUUUAUCCCCAAAGUCCCAGUCACCACCAAAAAACAGUCUGCUGACUGCAAACAGAGAAAAGAGAGGAAAGCAAAAGGAGAGCAAAAUGCCAAGUUGGCAGUACACAUGGACAUGCCUGUGGAGGUUUUCAACUCUCCGUCUGCCUUACCCAAAGACCCCAUCCUGAGGAAGCAGCACCUGGAGGACCUCAUGACAAAGAUCCAUGGCUCCUUCAGUUUCAUGCAGGACUCUCUUAUUGAUGGUGAGAGCUCCCCCAAAGAUGGCCACCCUGGACUGAAGAGAGGGCCAUCUGGAUCUCCCACUCCUCUGGCUCAGACAGACUUGAGAAGCCCAGUUGAUGUCCUGCCCAAAGCAAUGCAUUCCACCCCACUGCCUACCAGGCUUAUGGAGCGCAAAGCCAGUCUAACCAGUGGUGAUCAGUGCCUGGAGACAUGUGACCUGGAGCUUUCAAAAGACCUACCUCAUGAGCCACUUCAGUUGGCUGAAAGACAGGCAUUUCCCUCACCGCCGCUGUACCGCAGGGAGUCAACCAUCUCUGUCAGCCUGGAGGAGAAGAGCCGUCCUCGUACGCCGGUAACUGAGUCAGGGGAGCAGUCUCCAUGUAAUGGGGUGGGAUCUUGCACCUCUACCCCCCCACAGGGACAAACUUUCUCUACAACCCCCACCAGGAGAACUCUCACCUCUGCACAGUUUAAGAACAUCCAGUCAGUCUUCAAGGUGAAUACGUCCUUACCCCAGAAUGGGGAACUGAACUACAAACCAGACCCUGCAGUUUUCUCUGAGCCCAGGUACAGUACUGCCAGUACCCAAACACCACCUGAGUUUGCUCCCUCAGAAGACGAACCACAGCCCGUGUACCAAUCAGAUUAUACGGUAGGAAAUGGUGGGCAGAUCUUCCUUUCCCCUGGCCAGUCAGGGGGAAGCAUGGGUCGACCCGGCCAGUCGUACUACACCAGAGGAUCUGUGAGAGGUAUGGCACGUGGCAGCAAGGGACUGGCACAAACCUUUCGCUCUUCUGGUUGGCAUCGAGGAGGAUCCUACAUCCCUCAGACUCAUCUCAGGGACUCUGGCCCUCUCCUCUAUGCUGCUAGAGACUCUGGAUACCAACACAGCUAUAGACGUGGAGGAGGGAGGCAUAACUCCAGUGCAGCCUGGAGUGAUUCUUCCCAGGUGAGUAGCCCAGACCGAGAGGGAGCCUUCACAAUUGUGGACUCGGGGCAUGGCGAUUCGCUGUCAGUCUCCACCGUGGAAGUCCCACUCACUCCCCAUGGCCACCACCACACUACCCUGCUUCCCAUGCAACUCUACCCACUCUCCCAGCCUCUGCGAGUCGCCUUCACUGCCUCUCGCACUGCCAACUUUGCCCCAGGUAAUCUGGACCAGCCCAUCGUGUUUGAUCAGCUGCACAGCAACCUGGGGGAGAUGUAUGACACCCAUAUUGGCCGCUUCACCUGCCCUGUCAAUGGAACCUAUGUCUUCAUCUUCCACAUCCUGAAGCUUGCCAUCAGUGUGCCACUCUACAUCAACCUCAUGCGCAAUGAAGAUGUGAUGGUGUCGGCAUAUGCCAAUGACGGAGCCCCAGAUCACGAGACAGCCAGCAACCACGCCAUCCUGCCUCUCUUCCAAGGAGACCAGGUUUGGCUGCGGUUGCAUCGUGGCGCUAUCUAUGGCAGCACCUGGAAGUACAGCACCUUCUCGGGCUUCCUGCUGUACCAGGACUGAACUGCUGUCAGCCAAAUGGCCAUCUUCUCCCAAUUUGUGGACUGUUUGCUUUGCACUGAAUGGUGAUUAAACUGACAUUUCAGUAUUGUGGUCAGGCUGCAUGCAAGUGUCCUUUUCACCAUAAAGCCCAUUCAAAACAUAAGGUGUCAGCGGCCAAAUGGUAUGAUCUGUGUUCACAGCCCUCAUCUUCAUUUGAAAUGGGGAUUAUGACUAAUUGAAAUCUACCAAAUGUACCUGAUUUCCCCAUGAAUGUGUAGUACAUGAUGGUGGUGCUCAAUGUGACUGAUGCUAGUACAACUGGGCCUUGAUCAUGUCAUCUUGCUGUAAAUCCUCCUGUAGCAAAUCAUCUGUUUGGCUCACAGGUCACUGAUUUCAGUGAGAACUCUGAUGCAAUGUUAUGAAUUUGUGCCUUUUUGUUUUUUGAAUGGCUUUGGACGACUGACCAGAUGUUAAAUGGCUAAUGAACUGAAUGAAUGGCUGACUUAUUGGAUGAAAUAUAACUGACUAUCAGCACUUUGCUUGAUGCUGGGCUCCUAUGCAUUCAGUCUCACUUUGCUGUGUGUGAAUGUGAAUCUGAGGAAGGAAAGAUUGUGUUCUAGGUGGUGGGUAUGGUGUCAAACACCUGAGGCCAAAUUGUUGCACUAACAGACUACUAUGGAGACAUGGAAGUGGUCCCUUGAUGUGCCUAACGUUAAAUAAAAGAUGAGCAGUGAA